GUGGAAAAUCAAUAACCCGUGUGAAGCUUCCACGUCGAUGCAAUUUCCCUUUUUGCGUUUCGCUUGCGCUCUUUUAACCCAAACCGUGCUGGCCGGCGCUCGCAUACGUCACUCGGGAGGAUGCGCCCGAUCCUGGGGAGCCGAUUGGAUCUGAGCCGCAGCCGAGCGUGCGCCCGUCGAAUGAUGCAAGCAGAGAGGGCGAAACAGCAGAAUUGAGCUCGAUAGCAACCGCCCACCGCGACGCGCCCCACCCAUGCCGUGAGCGCCGGACUGCUGGAACGGCAAUUAAUGGUAAUGGCAUUGAGGGCCGUGCGACUCCGUCUCGGGCUUGACACACCUACCUAAACGCCGCGCCGCCGCCGCCGCCGAGGCCCCAGCAGCAGCAGCAUUACCAGCAAGUAAAAGGGGGCAAUGUCAGCCAUAAUAUCGUCGGUCACGCCCGACGCGCCCCUGCAGUCCCGCAUAGUGGACGACAAGUCCCCCAUAUGCAUCCCCUUCAUCCUGGACCGCCUCGCAGCCUGGCGCAAGGAGCGGGACGGCGCCGGCGGUAGCCAGGCCAGGCCCUUCAUAAUCGGCCUAAACGGCGUCCAGGGCGUGGGAAAGACCACGCUGGUCAAGGCCCUAGCCGAGACGCUGCAGCGGCGCGAGAUGCUGCGGACCCUGGUCGUCAGCAUAGACGACUUUUACCUGACGCACUCGGCCCAGCUCGCCCUGGCCGAGGCGCACCCGGACAACUCGCUAGUGCAGUACAGGGGAGAGCCGGGCACGCACGACAUUGACCUCCUCUCGACCUUCUUCGCCGCCAUCCGCGAGGGCCGCCCGACCAAGGUGCCGGCCUACGACAAGGCCGCCUUCAACGGCCUCGGCGACCGCGUGCCCGAGUCGCAGUGGCAGGCCGUCAACGACCCAGCCUCGGGCGACCCGCCCGUCCAGGUCGUCAUCGUCGAGGGCUGGUGCGUCGGCUUCCGCGCUCUGCCAGACGCCGAGGUCGAGGCCCGGUGGCGCGCCGGCGGCGCGCGGACGCUGCACCUGCACCGACUCGAGCACCUGCGGCUCGUCAACGACUGCCUGCGCCGCUACGACGCCGCCCUGACCGACGCGCUCGACGCGUUCGUGCACGUCGACGCCGAGGACCUGGCCCACGUCUACGCCUGGCGCCUCGAGCAGGAGGCGCAACUGCGCCGCGAGAGGGGCGGCGCCGGCAUGUCGGACGAGCAGGUCGUCCGCUUCGUCGACGCCUAUUACCCGGCCUACGAGCUCUUCUCCGACGGCGUCAGAGCCGGCGUCCUGCUCCCCCGCCGGCCCGGCUUCCAGCUGAGGUUGGUGGUGGAUAAGGACAGGCGGGUCAAGGAGUCAAUUGUGCUGUGAAGGGGCAGAGAGACGAUUGCGGAUGGCUCAUUUCCUUGUUUCCUGCUAGCUCGACUAUUUUCCUGCAAUGUGUAAAAGCACAUGACGUCCCAGUAUACCUCGUCAGCCCAAGAAGCAAGCCGGCUGACAUGCUCCCAUUAGUGCCAGAUAAUCCUUGCCACCGAAAUCACCCCUGAAGUGCAGCAAGCCCGUGAUACCUGCUCCAAGCUAUCAUGCCGUAAAAUGGUGUCCCCAAUCAUAAAGCUGCAAUGCUACCCUCUAGCCUUGGCUUUUGUCCACCUUUAUAGCUGGUCAUAUAUCGUCGUUAGCAAAAUCAAACCCGACCAAGGCGCAGUGCCAGAUUCGGCAGGGUAUUACAGUUCCACCUCCUUCCCCUUCAUCAUAACCUCGCCCUCCUGCUUGAGGCUGAAGAGAGUUCGGUCGAUGUACUCCAUCUUGCCCCUUAUCAGCUCCUCGCGCGCCGAGACUUGUUCCUCGAACUGGGCCGUGAUUUUGCGCUUGCCGCGGCGGGCCUUCUUGAUCUUGCCGACAACCUCGCCGAACCGCUCCAGGAACCAGUCGCCGCACUCAUCCCACUCCGCUACCGAGACCUGGC